AUGGCUAAACAAACCCUUUUACUAUCACCCCCAUCCCUCUCGUCCCAACCUGGGAAAUUAAAUGAGACCCUUCAGUCAUACAAUCGCAAUGCAACCGACCUGCAGAUGCUUGAUCGUUUGGCCCUUGGUCUUGCGUCACUGCCAGACUCAACAUACUCUACUAUCGUCAUCCUAGCAGGUGGAGAUAACUCUUUUUCCGAGAGUUUGAAACUUAUAAACCGCCAGACAUUCAAUCAAAUUAUUGGGUCUCUCAGAAGAGGGGGAUAUAUUUACGGUCAGGAUGCAGUUUCUGGGGUCGCCUUUGAUCACAACGAAGCGAUUCUUGCCGGGCUCAUACAUGUUGGCAAUGGCAAAUACCUGAAACCCGAUAUCGAGGAGAUGCAGGCUGUUCCAUUGCGGCUUGGAAGGAAAAAUGAUCAUCUUGCUGGGGCACCCAGCUUAGAGGGAUCAGCUGCGGAACAUCCGUUCCCUCCUGAGGUUUCGGAAGGUAAAACCGCCAGUGGUGAUAAUAGGGUCGCUGUUGUUGGGUCUCAAAAAUUCCGUGAGAACAUCGUUUCAGCAGCUACAAUGGACAAUAAUGAGGCUUCUGAUGAUGAACUUAUCAACGAAGACAAUCUUCUGGAUGACAGUGAGCUUUCAGCGCCAAUCAUACAGCCACCGGAAUGCCGUCCCAAAGCGGGGAAGCGCCGCCGAGCUUGUAAGGAUUGUACCUGCGGGCUCGCGCAGAAAUUACAGGAGGAGGAUGCAGUCAAGAGGGCUGAUGCUGACGAGCAACUUGACGCAAUGAAGUUGUUACAUGAUGAUCUAGCUGAGGUUGACUUCACUGUGCGGGGAAAGGUCGGGAGCUGUGGAAACUGCUCACUAGGUGAUGCUUUUCGCUGUGAGGGCUGCCCUUUCAUUGGCCUCCCUGCAUUUCAACCUGGUGAGGAAGUUCGGCUUCUUAAUAAUGAUGUUCAGCUAUAA